CCCUUGCCACUGCUUGCUUGCAUGUGAAGGUCUGGCACACAUCAAGAAAAUAAUGAUCAACAAAGAUCCAUCUGGACUACCCGCGGCCGGUGCAAAUGCCUACUGUCGUCUGCUCCUCGGUCAGUCUUGAUUGUUCGAGGAGUUCAAGGGGCAAGCAUGUCUGCCCUUCGUCGUCGGAUCGUCAACGUCCUACGGGACACGCCGUCAUCCUCUUCCAGUCGAGAUGUCACUCCUGAACCUGGAGAGGAGCUCAAACUUGUGCCGAGCCGAAAACUCGAGAAACUGAAAAAGGGAAAGAGUAGCAAAAGGAAGAGUGGCAUUAUAUUUGGACUGGGAGGCGUACUCGGGCUGGUGCUGGCGCUUCUAUUUGCACAGUCGCAAGAUGUCAUCAAACUGGAAGGACUGCUGGAGGUCAAUCUGGACAGUUUGAUGGACGCCAUUCCAGCAGGAAUUGUCAGCGAUGUGAAAGAUUUGUCCAAGGCAGAAAGAGAUGUGGUCAAUUAUGAUUCCUUUGCUGUCGGGCUCCAUUUACAGUCACAGGGUAUAUCGGCGCAUCAUCCAGUCAUUAUGGUUCCGGGAGUUAUCUCGACUGGGCUGGAGUCCUGGUCGACUGGUGAAAAGUCUAGGCAGUACUUUCGCAAGAGGCUUUGGGGAUCAUGGUCGAUGAUGAGGGCACUCGUCCUAGACCAAGCGGAGUGGAAGAAACAUAUUAUGCUGGAUAAAGAUACCGGUCUUGACCCUCCAGGCAUCAAACUCCGAGCGGCGCAAGGCUUUGAUGCGACAGAUUUCUUCAUCACUGGGUACUGGAUAUGGAAUAAAAUCCUAGAGAACCUGGCAACUAUCGGGUACGAUCCGACCAAUGCAUUCACGGCGGCCUACGACUGGCGUCUUUCAUAUGCCAACCUGGAAGUCCGAGACCAGUACUUCACCAGACUGAAAAGCUAUAUUGAGGUUGCUUACGCCACUUCCGGCAAGAAGGUUGUCCUGGUCUCCCAUUCUAUGGGUAGUCAGGUGGUCUUUUACUUCAUGAAAUGGGUUGAGCAUAAGGACCAUGGCAAAGGUGGUAAGAAAUGGGUCAAUAACUACAUUGAUUCCUGGAUCAACAUCUCUGGAUGCAUGCUUGGGACAGCCAAAGACAUACCUGCCGUCUUAUCUGGAGAAAUGAAGGAUACAGCUCAACUGAACGCAUUUGCAGUUUAUGGCUUGGAAAAAUUUCUGUCUCGAGAGGAUCGAGCAGAACUCUUUCGAGCGAUGCCUGGAAUUUCUUCCAUGUUGCCCAAAGGCGGAGACGCAGUCUGGGGCAAUAGUACCUGGGCUCCGGACGAUUUACCAUAUCCGCAGCAGAACAAGACCCAGGGGAUCUUUCUCUCCUUCAAGCCCAAACUCAACUCUAGCACAACGUUGCGGAAGAACAUGACCAUGGCUGAAUCGUUCGAAUACCUCAUGGAAAGUACAGAGCCUUGGUAUCAGGACCAAGUCAGACACGCCUACUCUCACGGCGUGGCACACACGACAUCGAGGGUAGAACAGAACGAAAACGACCCUCGGACAUGGCUGAAUCCACUAGAGGCUCGCCUUCCUCAUGCGCCGAAACUGAAGAUCUAUUGCUUUUAUGGGAUCGGGAAGCCCACUGAACGGUCUUAUUUCUACAAAGACAACGAAAAUCCUAUGCAGGGAAAUGUCAACGUGUCAAUUGAUACCUCUGUCAGUUCAGCAGGCGGUCGUGUACAGCAGUUAGGCGCCAUCGAUCGUGGUGUCGUGUUUGGUGAGGGUGAUGGCACGGUCAAUCUCUUGUCUACGGGCUACAUGUGCGCGAAAGGAUGGAAACAGAUCAAACGGUACAAUCCAGCUGGGGUCAAGAUCAAAACGUACGAAAUGCCACACGAACCCGACCGAUUCAGCCCACGUGGUGGGCCGAACACUGGCGAUCAUGUUGAUAUCCUCGGCCGGAGCAGUCUGAAUGAUCUGAUCUUGAGAAUCGCUGGAGGGCACGGGGACGAGGUCGAGGAGAAUUAUCAGAGCAGGAUAUGGGAAAUCAGCGAAAAUGUGCAAAUCUUUGACAAGGAGUGAUAUCGACUCAAGUUCAAUAGAGCAUGGUCCUUAUAGCAUGGCGUGGCGUUGGUUUGUUAUCGGUGCCUUUGAGCGAUCUGUUGGUUUGAGUUGGCGCGACAUCAAGAUACCCAGAGAUUAGCGGUGCUAGAGAGGCGCAGAACUUGUCGGAGGAUGAGGACACAAGUGUUGAACAAGAUCAACGCGUUCACCUAUUCGCAGACGCCGUAAACAUCUAUGGAUGUAAAUAGGACCGUCGUCAACUGAGUGACUGGAUGGCUUCCUGGUGCUUUCAACCGAGGUGCCUGACGAUUUCCGGUUUCGGGCAGUAAUGCACCAGAUUCGUCAA